AUGGCGCCCACCGAGGACGACGUCAAGAACUGGAAGGACCAGGAGGGCGAGGCCACGGACAUGGCUCAGGCCUACCGCGAUCUGGCUAGAGGCGAUCAAACCGCCGCCGCCAUCGAGGCUGACCUGGACCGCCUCCACUCCAAGCUCGACGCCCUGCUCGACGCCCUCGACGACAAGCAGCCUGCUGCCGACGCCGCCCCCAAGGACAAGCUCUCCUCGGCGGCCUCCCCCACCACUGCCGUCGCUUCGGCUGCCACCGAGAGCUCUGUUGCCAGCGACGACGACCGCGCCGACGAGGCUGCCGGUGCCGCUCAGAAGGCGUCUGGCUCUGGCGAUGGUGAGAAGCAGACCUAG